AUGAAUCCCACAACUGAGACUGGUCUAGCUUCAGCAGCUGUAGACUUUGGGAGCAAGUACACAAGGGACUUGGGCCAGAACUAUCUUGGUUGGCAUCACCAGGCCCUGAGAGCACAGUGCAUGCCAGCAUUGAAGAUCCCACUUUUCAAAAUGAAGGACAUGAUACUGAUCCUGUGCCUCCUGAAAAUGAGUUCUGCAGUGCCGGUGUUUCCUCAGCAACCUGGGACACCAGGCAUGGCUAGUUUGAGCCUUGAGACAAUGAGACAGUUGGGAAGUUUGCAGGGAUUAAACAUGCUUUCUCAGUAUUCAAGAUUUGGCUUUGGGAAAUCACUUAAUUCUUUGUGGAUGCAUGGUCUCCUCCCACCACAUUCCUCUUUCCCGUGGAUGAGACCAAGGGAACAUGAAACUCAACAGCCAUCCCUGCAGCCUCCACAGCCAGGACAGAAACCUUUCCUCCAGCCCACCGUUGUAACCUCCUUCCAGAACACAGUCCAGAAGGGAAUACCUCAGCCUCCGAUUUACCCGGGACAUCCACCCUUGCAGCAAUCAGAGGGGCCAAUGAUUCAACAGGUGGCACCAUCAGAAAAGCCAUCAAAGACCGAGUUGUCAGGAAUGAAUUUUGCUGAUCCACAAGAUCCAUCGAUGUUUCCAAUAGCCCGUUUGAUAUCUGUGGGACCAGUGCCACAAAAUAAACCACCUCCACUUUAUCCAGGAAUAUUUUACAUGUCCUAUGGAGCAAAUCAAUUGGGAGGAAGAGGAGGCCCCAUGGCCUAUGGAGCCAUGUUCCCGAGAUUUGGAGGCAUGAGGCCCGGCCUUGGAGGGAUGCCCCCCAAUCCAGCCAUGGGCGGGGACUUUACUCUGGAAUUUGACUCCCCAGUCGCUGGAACCAAAGGCCCGGAGAAGGGAGAAGGAGGUGCACAAGACCCCCCUGUGCCGGAGGCCAACCCAGCCGAUCUGGAAAACCCAGCUCUCCUUUCAGAGCUAGCACCUGGUGCCCUUGGAGGGCUUCUUGCUAAUCCUAAAGGCAAUAUCCCCAACCUAGCAAGAGGCCCUGCAGGGCAGAGCAGGGGACCCCUCAGGGUCACCCCAGCAGCUGCAGACCCACUGAUGACCCCUGGAUUAGCUGAUGUUUAUGAGACCUACAGUGCUGAUGAGACCACAACUCUGGGUCUCCAGGAAGAAACCACCGUGGAUUCCACAGUGACCCCUGACAGUCAGCACACAUCGAUGCCAGGAAACAAGGCCCAGCAGCCCCAGAUUAAGCAUGAUGCAUGGCAUUUCCAAGAGCCCUGA